AUGAUAUUUAUCGCGCUUUUAUUAGUCGCGCUCGUAGUAUUGUACAUACACGGCACCAAAAAUCACAACUACUGGAAGGACAAAGGAGUGAAACAUGACAAACCAGUCUUCCUAUUCGGCACAAACACCAGAAACUAUUUACUCCGUAAGAGUUUCACAGAAUUGCUCGCCGAAUAUUACUGGAAAUAUCCCGCGGAAAAAGUCGUCGGAGCGUACAGGUCUAACACCAUCUGUCUAGUGUUAAGGGAUCCUGAUCUCAUCAAACAAGUGUUGACUACGGACUUUUUAUAUUUUUACGGGCGUGGUCUGAUCACAAACGAAGAUGUGGUCGAACCGAUGAUGAAGAACCUUUUCUUCGUGGACGGCGACCUGUGGCGGUUGCUGAGGCAGCGGAUGACGCCUGCGUUCACGAGCGGCAAGCUGCGUGCCAUGUUCCCACUUAUAGUGGAGCGUGCUGAGAAACUACAAACCAGGACAGCCAACGCUGCUGCCGAGGGCCGCAGUAUGGAUGCACGCGAGCUCAUGGCCCGUUAUACCACCGACUUCAUCGGCGCUUGUGGGUUCGGCCUCGACGCAGACUCGCUCAACGAUGAGGAAUCCGACUUCAGAAAACUGGGUGUUAAAAUUUUUACAAUAACAUUCAGAGACGCUAUUGUAAUUUAUUUGAAAGAUCUUUUCCCAGGGCUAUUUAAGAGCUUUAAGCAAUUAGGGGCGGUGGAACAUGAAUUGACUGAUCUAGUAAAAGCAAUUUUAAAACAGAGAAAUUAUCAACCAUCUGCAAGGAAUGAUUUUAUCGAUCUCCUAAUUGAAUGCAGAAAUAAAGGAAUACUGAAAGGAGAGUCUAUAGAGAAAUUUAAACAGGAUGGCAGUCCGGAAGUGGCAUCGGCUGUGCUGGACGAAGCACUUAUGGCUGCACAAGUGUUUGUUUUCUUCGCUGCUGGUUUCGAGACUUCAUCGUCAGCCACCAGUUACACUUUACAUCAGCUAGCCUUUAAUCCGGAAGUACAGGAGAAAGUACAGGAAGAUAUUGACAGAGUGCUCGCUAAACACAAUAAUAAACUUAGUUAUGAUGCGAUCCAAGAAAUGACAUAUUUGGAUUGGACUUUCAAAGAAGCCAUGAGGAUGUUCCCUUCGCUCGGGUUUCUAAUAAGGAAGUGUGCAAAGAAAUACACGUUCCCGAAGAUAGACUUGACGAUCGACCCGGGCGUGCGUGUGUUCGUGCCUCUGUGCGCGCUCCAUAUGGACCCGCAGUACUUUGAUAACCCCCAGGAAUUCCGACCGGAGCGAUUUGACCCUGCUGUCUCAGAUAGCACUAUCAAAAAUAUUUAUUUGCCAUUUGGUGUUGGACCACGUGCUUGUAUCGUCGUUGGCGGGACUGGCGGCGGUGUUGUCGCGCUUCUCGGUGCGACCGGCGCCGCAGACGGUGCGCCAUCCGAAGGUCAACCCAGCCUCCGGAAUAGUGCAAAGCAUAAAGGGAGGGCUCCCGUUACUGUUCGAGGAAAGAAAAUCGUGCAGGCCCUAGUUAAAGUAGGUACCAGUGAAGACUUAUCACAUGUUUGUGUCACUGUCGGCCACUUGCACCAAUAUUCUUAA